GUACCUGAUACACUAGAAAAGUUUAUAAUUUCUUCUUGAAUACUCAUUCCAUGUUCUGUAUUUAAAUGAUCAAUAAGCAAUUUUUUUUUUGAAAAAGUUUUGUCAUUACAAGUGAUACAUUUAGAUAAAAUUUUUUUUUUAGCUUCAUUAGUAACAUUGUGUUUAUUUAAAAGAUGUCUUGUCAAUGAAGACUUAGUUGCAAAUUCUACUUUGCAUAUAUCACAAAUAAUUGACAUUUUGAAAAUAAAGUUAAAAUUAGUGGAAAUUCUAAGGUGGAAACUCGUUUUUUGUACACUUUGUCAAAGUUGCCUACCAUUGUGAUUGUUUCUUUCAUGUAAUUAUUAAGAGCUAUUUUUACAACUUUUAUUAGGAAAAUUUUAUUACUGUACAUAUAAGAUAAAUACAAGAUCCAAUAAAAAUAUUGCAUGCAAUAACAUGUUUAGUAACAAUGUUUAGGAUGUUAUGAGAAUUAAAAACAAGCUAAUAUUAUUUUACAAUAUCAAUAUCCACAAUUUCUAUAUUAAUGGUGGCUAAUUAUUUUUAUAGAUAUCUAGAAAGGAAAUGAAAGGUUAAAAAAUACACAGUUGAGCUGAACAUUUUAUUAAAAUUUUGGAUAGUGUCAUUGACUGUGCCGUCAUCAUAAGAUAUCGUGAAAUAUUUAAGACAAUAGUAACCAGUUAAACAAAAUUAGGUUUUGAAUUAUUUUUCUAGACCAUUUACCAUGAACAAGUGUUCCAGAUUGCUUAGCUGGCGUCGUUUGGCUAUAGGAGUAGCCUAUUGUCAAACAAAAACCACUAACCCUGAUAAGGUGGAACAACCAAUAGUCAUAGAAUUGAAUCAAAUAGCCGAACAACUGACCCAUAAGCAUUUGUUACAACAAACGUGUACUAUAUCAGUAAACUGUUCUUGUCAGAUGAUUACAAUAGCACUAGUUGCACUCAAUGAUGCAUCUCAAAAGUACAAAGAUACACUAAUUAGGUGUAUGGAUUUAUUGGAACCCAAUGAUUUGUUCAAUGACAAAUUAGAAAAUGAUGUUUUGGAGUCUCGAUAUGAUAUUGCCAAUGCAAAAUCAUUUUAUUUAGAUUCUAUCAGUGCUAUGGAUUGUGCGCUACAACUUGGAAGGUCAAACGCACUUAUGUCUUAUACAGUAGCAGCAGACACUGUAUUCAAUAGUAUGUCUGAAAAACUUUACUCCGCUGAAAAAGAGUUUCAGUCUUGCACUGAAGAGAUAAGGAAAUUAGAAGACAAAUUCACUAAAUUAUUGGCAGACUCUGUGAAUAUAUCUAAACAUGAAGAAAGUUGAAUAAACUAAUUAUGAAACAUAAAAAGAAAUAUUUAUUGUUAACAUUACAUAUAGGUAUAACACAUAUUUUAAUUAAUAUUUGAUUAUUCCUGUGAACUAUCACUGUUAGAAGAUUCACCACUUAUAUUAUCAGAAUCAUAUGAUGAUGAGUAUCUUUUAUUAAUUGGCUG